AUGCAAACAGAAGAGUACAUCGGAGAGAAUAAACAAAAGAGGGAAAUUAACAAAAAGCAAUUUCUUAUAGACUGGAGAUCGCUGGAAUAUAUCCAGUUCGAUGUAAAAUCGCAGACCGCCAACGAGAAUGCUGCAACUUUUGAACAGGACAAUAUAGAAGCUGAUGAUGAUGGAUUAGUUCUAAAUGGACAUUCAAACACUCGCAGGGAGACAGUGGAUAGUUCAAAUAAUGUUUAUUACGAAUUAGGUUCGUCUGGUUUGAACGAUGACAACACAGACAGUCUUACCGAAAAUAUUUCAGCUGAGGAAUCUGUAAACGAGUAUCAACAUGUAGCAAUCACAGGUCACUACGAUGUGUUGUCUUUACGAACAAAUAUUGACCCUAUUAAUACAAAUAUUCUUCGACUUUAUCCGGAACGCCCUCGUGAUGAAUAGCAUGCUGUGAAUGUUUGCUAUCUAGAAGAGGUUAAUAAAUCAGAAGAUUUUGAAACAAAUCCAGGGUCCCCAAAUUCCAUAAAUGAAGCAUAAAACCCUAAUAUUGACUGUUGAAAGGCUUUUAUGUUAUAAAAAGUGAAGCUGAUUCAGAGA